AUGCCCGCAGCCCCACUCCCGGGACGUCGCCGCCUCCCUACUUCGAGAAGGCUGGGUGGCACGUGCACGCUGACAAGGCCACUCCGGGAACGCGCGGGCGCAAAAUCGCCGCUCAGGGCACCAGGGUGCUUGCAGUUUACGUGUAUUUGGGGGUCCACUUCUCCAGCACGGCCCCCGCACCCUGCUGUCUUUAAUUGUGUCCUUGACAGCCACGCUCCAGCUCACUUCCCUCUCCACUUUGGAAAUAACCUAGGGUUCGCGUUCACCACCAGCGUCAGCGAUUCUGACCCAACUUCCUUUCCCCAAAUCACCCUGGCUCUUUCGCCCGCAGCAGCAGGAACGCAAGUUUCCCAGGUGCCCCUUGAAGCCCCAACUUCUGGCAACGCCGCCCUCCCCGCGCCUUCUCCAGCUGGCAUCGCGCAGAGAGCCCGGCAUGCAGUCGCCCCGGCCAGGCCCUUACCUGGGUGCGCGACCCGGGGCGCCCCCUCCCGCCUUGCGAUGAACCCCGCAAGCCCGUCGCCUGGACGCUUUGCGCGCACCGCGCUCGGCCGGGAGGCGGCGGGGAGGGGGCGUGUUCCCGGGCCUCGCAAUGUGGGCGCUACGUCCCAGCGGGACAGGGCCAGCGGGGACAACCGGCGCUGGGUCCUGGAUCCAGACUCGCGGCCACGCAGGGCUGCGCGGCACGCGACGCGCGGCAGCCGCGCGCGCGCCCUGGCUGGAAUCGCAGCCACAGCGCCGAAAUCGGCGCGCAAACUUUCCCGGCGACGACCGCUCCCGCCCGCGCCGGCCGACUCCUCGCUGACUCUGCCCGCGCCGCCCCGCGGGGCUUCACGCCCACCGGGAACAUGGCGCCCUCGGCCGCGCACCUCGGAGGCCCCCGCAGGCCCCGGCUCGGGCCCCUCAGCCCCCCGCGGGCGCGGAACCACAGCUCGUGCAGCCAGGGGAGGCGAGGCCCGCGGGCAGCCGACGCUACUCGCGUCGCCAGGGGCAGCCUGGGAGGAGAGGGCUGCGUGGGGACGGCGGUCCGAGCCCCGACGGAGCAGCGGCCCCGUGCGCGGCGGGAGACUCGUGCGCAAAGUGGCGCUGGAGUGGCGGCGCCAGCGCUGGAAUGAAGCCGCUCCGCCCUCGCCAACUCUGGGCGCGGGGCCCGCCCGGCAGGGUCGAGGGGACGCUCUGCGCCCGGCGCUGCUCCGCAGAGCCCGGUUCCCGGCCGGAAGCCCGGCGGGAGCCCCCGGCCAGCCCCGCUGCCCGCGACCAGGAAUGCGCUCCGGGCGCCGGCGGGGAGCGAGCCCGUGCCAGGCGCGGCGCCCGGGGCGAGCGCGGCGUGAGACACACAUGUGUGCAGGGACAGGUGCACUCGUGCCCGUGUGUCUUUAUUUUCCUGCAGAAAGCCCGCCUAGAACACGAGCCCAGGACGCCCGAGGAGUUGUUUUCUACAUUGACACCGCGCACGAAAUGCAAAAGGGAGGCAGAAAAACCACCCACAUUUUCCUUCUGGAGAGGAGGGAAAAGACGAGCGAAAUUCAUGCAGCUUGCGCGCAGCUGGAGAGAGAGGGAAACCCGAGCGAGGCGUGCGCCUUACCGGGGGAUGCAUUUACUGUCUCAUUGCAGAGUGUCUGCCAGGGUGCAGCCCGCGUCCACCCGCCCCCCCCCCCGCGCGCGCCCGGACGCCGCUCAGCUCCUCAGCCGCUACCGCCGCCGCCGGCUCCGGGCUCGGAACUAGAGCCGAGGGCGAGCGCGCGCGCACGGCCCCGAGCGCCGGGGGCGCAGGAAACGCGUCAUCAUUCGGGGACCGCGCGCCGCGGUGGGCUCGGCGCCGCUUGGUCGCUGGGUCGGCUGCGCCGCUGCUCUGGGGUCUUCCAGGCCUCAUGGCCCGCCGCUGUGGAAAGCGGCUGGGGGCGCGGACGAGCGCGGCUCCGCAAGGCGCCUCUGAGGAAGAGGGGUUCGAGUCCCGAUCCACUCGAGCUCCCGGGGCGCGGGCCGGACCUCGCUGGGACUGAGGAAGCGGCCGGUGAACCGGUGGCAGCGGGGCUGUGCUGUGCUGAGUUAAAAGUGGCCUGCAUCCCGCCUGCCCUUUGUCGCGCUCUUUGCCCCUUCGGUUUACCGGCUUCAGGAGCGACGCGAGGUGAAGGUUACAAGGGAACAAGGAGUCUAAUGACGCGCGUCCCAUUUAAAGCAUCAGGAGGACUUCCUUAUCAUGUGAGGAUUUCAGACCAGAAGAUGAAAGAUGUGCUGUGUUUGAUUAACAGUGUACCUUUGCCACAGAAAUCAUCAACUCAAUCUCCAGAGAGACAGGUAUCGUCAGUUCCUGUUGCUUCAAGUGGGACAAAAGUUCUCCUUGGUACUUCAUUAUUGCUGAGUGAAAUGGAUGCAGAGUCUGACGAUGAGUAUUUCGACGCUGAAGACGGUGCCUCCCAGGUGCCUAGAGGUGCGCCAGGCUCCGAACCCCGAAAGGCUGCGGAGGUUCCGAACGAGGCCCUCGUUAAUCUUCUGCUCAAGUUUGAAGUUAAAGAAGUAAUUUUGGAAUUUACUAAACAACAGAAAGAAGAAGAUACAAUUCUAGUAUUUAAUGUUACUCAGUUAGGAACAGAGGCCACAGUGAGAACUUUCAACCUAACUGUGGUGUCUUAUUUAAAGAAGAUCAGCUUGGAUUACCAUGAAAUUCAAGGAUCAAGAAAAAAGCCCCUUCACUUGAUUAGCUUUUCUGACAAACCUGGGUCAGAUCUUUUAAAAGUAGAGUACAUUAAGGCUGAUAAGAGUGGACCUAGUUUUCAAACCACUUUUGAAAAAACUGAACAGACAUUUAAGGUGGCCUUUUCCUCUUUGAACUUGUUGCUGCAAACCCAAGCUCUUCUCUCUUCUAUUAACUACCUGACAACCAUCCUUCCCUCAGAUGGCCUUGGAGUUAAUAUAGAAAAGUCUUGAAUAGAAUUUAUAUUAUCUGAAUUGUAUUGUGAAAUAACUCUUAUUUUCUUUUUAGUGAUUGUAUCCUUUAAAGACAGUGAUGUUAUUGGCUUCAGAUUGUUUGCCAAGUUAAAUGCUUUCUGUGUCACCAUUUGCAAUAAGAAGAGCAGUAUUGCUGAAAUCAGGAUACAAGGCCUCGACUCUUCUCUUUCUCUUCAGUCAAGGAAGCAGUCACUUUUUGCCAGACUGGAAAAUAUUAUUGUUACAGACGUUGAUCCUAAGACAGUUCAUAAAAAAGCUGUGUCAAUAAUGGGAAAUGAAGUUUUUCAUUUUAACUUGGAUUUGUACCCAGAUGCGACUGAAGGGGAUUCAUACACUGACAUGUCCAAAGUGGAUGGCGUGGUGUUGCUGAAUGUUGGCUGCAUUCAGAUUGUCUAUCUUCAUAAGUUCCUUGUGUCCCUUUUGAACUUCCUGAACAAUUUCCAGACAGCCAAAGAGGCCCUGAGCGCAGCCACCGCGCAGGCUGCAGAAAAGGCCGCCACCAGUGUGAAAGACCUUGCCCAGCGGAGUUUGCGCUUCUCUGUCAGCAUUAAUUUGAAAGCACCCGUUAUUGUCAUCCCACAGUCUUCUGUUUCCAGCAACGCUGUUGUGGUGGACCUUGGUUUGAUCAGAGUUCAGAACCAGUUCAGUCUUGUGUCUGGGGAAGGGUCUGUAAAUCCUCCUGUGAUCGAUAGAAUGGAUGUGCAGCUCACGGACCUGAAGCUGUCCAGGACAGUGAUCCAACCAGGCACCUCCCAGCCUGAUAUUCAGCUGUUGCACCCAAUUAACUUUGAGUUUUUUGUAAAUCAAAAUCUACCUGCAAAUUGGUAUCAUAAGGUACCUGUUGUGGAAAUUAAAGGACAUCUUGAUACAAUGAAUGUUUGUCUAAAUCAAGAAGAUCUUAAUGUUUUGUUUAGAAUACUGUCGGAAAAUCUUGGUGAAACUCCUGAAGAGUUAGAUAAAGUGAAACCAAGAGUACCAGAGACAGGUGAAAUCAAAGAUGCCCCUGAAGUUUCUACAUCACAGAGAUUACAAGCUUCAAAAGAUGCUUCAAGAGCUGAAAGAGAAGAAAUUAGAUCUGUAAACAUUGUUAAUGUACUGCUGAAUUUUGAAAUUAAAGAGGUUAUGGUGAUGCUGAUGAAAAAGGCGGAAAAGAGUGGGAGGCCAGUGCACGAGCUCAGUGUCCUGCAGCUUGGAGUGGAAGCUAGAGUUCAAGCUUAUGCCGUGACCGCUGAAGCUUAUCUCCAGCAAGUCAGCAUGCGGUGCCUGGAUUUCACUGACGCAGAAGGAGGCCCUCUGCACAUCGUGCGCUCCUCUCGCGUGACUAAGGAGCCGCUCCUGAAGAUGGCCUUGACCAAGGCAGACAGUGAUGGACCGGAAUUUAAAACUGUUCAUGACAAUACCAAACAGAGACUAAAGGUUUCAUUUUCAUCCUUAGACAUAUUACUUCAUUUAGAAGCUUUACUUUCCCUUAUGGAUUUUUUGUCAUCGGCUGUUCCAUCCUCUGAGUCGUCUUCUAGGAAGGAAUCUGAGCUAAAACCACUUGUAGGGGAGUCCAGAAGUAUUGCCAUCAAAGCUGUAUCUGGCACCAUUUCUAAAAAGGAUAUGUUCGAUUUAAAGGUUACAGCUGAAUUAGAUGCUAAAUGUUCUGUAGCUGAUGUUAAAAUACAUGGAAUGGACGCCUCUGUUUCUGUGAAGCCAAAACAGACUGAUAUGUUUGCCAGACUUCAGAAUAUCAUAGUAACAAAUGUUGAUUUGAAGUCCAUUUACAAAAAGGCUGUCUCCAUCUUGGGAGAGGAAGUCUUUCGGUUCCAGAUGACUUUGUAUCCAGACGCCACAGAAGGAGAAGCCUAUGCCGACGUGUCUAAAGUGGAUGGCAGACUUAGUCUCAAAGUGGGUUGUAUUCAGAUCGUUUACGUUCAUAAAUUCUUCAUGUCUCUGUUGAAUUUCCUCAACAACUUCCAAGCUGCCAAGGAAGCUUUGAGCACGGCUACCAUGCAGGCUGCAGAGAGAGCUGCUUCUAGUGUGAGGGACUUGGCCCAGAAGAGCUUCCGCCUUGCGAUGGAUGUGGACCUGAAAGCACCGGUUAUUAUUAUCCCUCAGUCUUCAGUGUCGUCUAACGCUGUGGUGGCAGAUCUCGGUUUAAUCAGCGUGGAAAACAGCUUUAGCUUGCUUCCUGCAGAACGUUACCCUUUCCCUCCAGUCAUUGAUAAAAUGAAGGUCCAACUCACUCAAUUGAAGCUGUCCAGAACUAUCUUGCAAGCUGACUUGCCACAGGAUGACAUUGAAAUCUUAAAACCAGUAAACAUGCUUUUGUCUAUACAACGAAACUUAUCAGCAACCUGGUACAUGCAAAUUCCUGGGAUCGAGAUAAAAGGAAAGUUAAAACCUAUGCAGGUUGCUCUCAGUGAAGAUGACCUAACAGUUCUAAUGAAAAUUUUGCUGGAAAAUCUUGGGGAAGCUUCUCCACAGCCAAGCCCUGCACUGUCUGCUCAGGAGGCUGUGAGAGUGAGGAAAGAUAUUCCAAGUGGACCAGACUACCUGAGAGAACAAGAACAUUUGACAGACUUAAAGCCUUCUGUGGACCAGACCGUCACACUCCAAUUUGACUUUCAUUUUGAAUCUCUGUCCAUUAUCCUUUAUAACAGUGACAUCAGUCAGGAGUCCAAACUUGCAUUUCAUAAUGAUAGUUUUCGUCUCGGUGAGCUCAGACUGUACCUGAUGGCCUCUGCAGGGAAGAUGUUCAAGGAUGGCUCAGUGAAUGUCAGCCUUAAGCUGAAGACAUGCACCCUUGAUGAUCUCAGAGAAGGCAUCGAGAGAGCCACGUCCAGGUCUAAUGAUUGACGAAAGAAUGACCAAGAUAGCAGCAGUUCUAUGAUUGAUAUUCAUUACAAACAAGACAAAAACACAAGUCUAAUUGAUGCUGUUCUUGACAAGCUGUAUGUGUGUGCCAGCGUGGAGUUUUUGAUGACUGUGGCAGAUUUCUUCAUUAAAGCUGUGCCUCAGAGCCCAGAAAAUACGGCGAAGGAAAUACAAAUGCCAUCAAGACACACUACCAUGGGGAAAGUCCAGACAGAAAAAGAUGAUUCUGCAAGACGAAACAUGACCUUGAAGGCCAAGAUCACAGACCCGGAAGUGGUGUUUGUGGCCAGCCUGAGCAGGGCGGACGCUCCUGCGCUGUCGGCCUCCUUCCAGUGUAAGCUCUGUGUGUCCGCAUCUGGGCUGGAGCAGGUGACGGAGGCAUCCGUCAAAGACCUGAGAGUGCUCGCUUGUCCUUUCCUCAGAGAGAAGAGGGGGCAAACUAUCACCACAGUCUUGCAGCCGUGCUCUUUAUCUAUGGAAAAAUGUACCUGGGCCUCGGGAAAACAGAAUAUCAAUAUUAUGGUUAAAGAAUUUAUAAUUAAGAUUUCACCCAUCAUUCUGAAUACUGUGAUGACAAUAAUGGCUGCCAUGUCUCCAAAGACGAAAGAGGAUGAAUCGAGAGACACAUCUAAGGAAAUGGAAAGUCUUUGGGAUAUCAAGUCUAUUGAUGAUUAUAACUCUUGGUUUCUUGGUGUUGACAUGGCAACCGAAGCAACAGAAAGUUUCAGAGCGAUGGAUCAUCCACUGAUAGAGGAAAACUGUGCUGUUGCUGUGGAAUCGGUCCAAGUCACUCUAGAAUGUGGCCUUGGGCACCGAACUGUGCCUUUACUAUUGGCAGAGUCCAAGUUUUCAGGAAAUAUUAAGAAUUGGACUUCCCUGUUGGCUGCUACUGCUGAUGUGACACUGCAGGUUCACUAUUACAAUGAGAUUCAUGCUGUGUGGGAGCCAUUGAUCGAGCGAAUAGAGGGGAAGAAACAAUGGAACUUAAAGCUUGAUGUACAGAAGAACCCGAUCCAGGAUAAAAGUUUGAUACCAGGAGAUGAUUUUAUUCCUGAGCCCAAAAUGGCAAUUUAUAUUUCUUCAGCAGACACAAUGAAUAUAACAAUAUCCAAAACGUGUCUCAAUGUUUUCAGCAAUUUAGCAGAAGGUUUUUCGGAGGGCACUGCUUCUACUUUUGAUUACUCUUUAAAAGACAGAGCUCCGUUUACGGUCAGAAAUGCUGUAGGUGUUCCCAUGAAGGUGCAGCUCAGUCGUAACCUGAGAGUGAUGGGCUCCCCAGGGAAGAGUGAUGUCUAUGGUGUGGAUGCCGGUCAGCAUCUGGAACUGGAGUAUGCCCGCACGGAACCUUCCUCUCAAGGGAAGCUGUCUGUGCUGAGCCGUCAGGAGAGUUCCUUCUUCACGCUGACUUUCGUACCACAUGGAUACACAGAGGUUGCCAAUGUCCCUGUUGCCCGACCUGGACGGCAGUUGUACAAUGUGCGGAAUCCCCACGCCAAUUACUCAGACUCCGUCUUGGUACAGAUUGAUGCCACCGAAGGGAAUAAAGUCAUCACCCUCCGCUCUGUGCUGCAGAUUAAAAACCACUUCUCUGUUCCAUUUAUCAUCUAUAAACUGGUUAAGAAUGUUAAACUUCUGCAGCGCAUUGGAACAGUCAGCCCCGAAGAGGAGUUCCAUGUCCCUUUAGAGUCCUAUAGAUCUCAGUUGUUUAUCCAGCCAGCUGGGGACUUAGAGCAUCAGUACAAGGAGUCGACCACCUACAUCCCCUGGAAGGAGGAGCUGCACAGGAGCAGUUCCGUAACAGGGAGGCUGCAGUGUCCGGCGGUGCAGCGCAGCUUCCUGCCGCUAGUUGUGAACACAGUUGCCGAGCCGGAGGAGUUGAGCCACAUCAGCGCACACGGGGAGGAUUGGAACCCGGCGUACAUCAUUCACCUCUACCCUUCUCUUACACUGCGGAAUCUGCUCCCCUAUUCCCUAAGAUACUUACUGGAGGGAACAGCAGAUACUCAUGAGCUGGCAGAAGGCAGUACAGCAGACGUCCUGCAUUCCCGAAUCAGUGGAGAAGUCAUGGAAUUAGUCCUGGUUAGAUACCUGGGCAGAGACUGGACCGGUCAUUUCCGCAUAUGUGACACGCUUCCCGAGUUCUUUCUUGUGUGUUUUACGUCUAACUCCAAAGAAGCAGUGACAGUUGACCUGUCGGUGCACAUCAGGCGAGUUGGCAACCGCGUGGUGCUCUCCGUCUUUAGUCCCUACUGGUUAAUCAACAAGACUUCCCUGGUCCUCCAGUACCGCGCAGAAGACACUCACGUGAAACACCCAGCUGACUUCAGGGACAUCAUUUUAUUCUCUUUCAAGAAGAAGAACAUUUUUAGUAAAAACAAGGUACAAUUAAAAAUUUCAACUAGUGCCUGGUCCAGCUGUUUCUCAUUGGAUACUGUGGGAAGUUACGGGUGUGUGAAAUGUCCUGCCAACGAUAUGGAAUACCUGGUUGGGGUGAGCAUCAAAAUGAGCAGCUCCAACCUCUCGCGCAUCGUCACUCUGACGCCCUUCUGCACCGUCGCAAACAAGUCCUCACUAGAGCUGGAAGUCAGCGAGAUUGCGUCCGAUGGCUCUGUGUCAACUAAUAAAUGGAGCUACAUUGCUUCUUCAGAGUGCCUUCCAUUUUGGCCUGAAAAUCUGUCGGGCAAACUUUGUCUGAGAGUAGUGGGCUGUGAGAGACCUUCCAAACCAUUCUUUUAUAACCGACAAGAUAAUGGCACUUUGUUGACCUUAGAAGAACUGAAUGGAGCCAUCUUGGUGGAUGUAAAUACUGCAGAACACUCCACUGUCAUAACUUUUUCUGAUUACCAUGAGGGGUCUGCACCUGCCCUCCUGAUAAACCACACACCGUGGGACAUCCUCACGUACAAACAGAGUGGAUCACAGAAGGAAGUAGUCUUAAUGCCAAGACAAGCUCGACUUUUUGCCUGGGCUGAUCCUACUGGCCCCAGAAAACUUACGUGGACAUAUGCAGCCAGUCGUGGGGAGCAUGCUCUGUUGAAGGAUGAAUGUGGCCAGUUUCCCUGUGACGCAAACAUCCAGAUACACUGGGUGUCAUUCCUCGAUGGCCGCCAGAGAGUACUGCUUUUCACGGAUGAUGUGGCCUUGGUUUCCAAAGCCCUGCAGGCAGAGGAAAUGGAGCAGGCUGACCAUGAAAUAACCUUCUCUCUCCACAGCCUUGGGCUCUCACUGGUUAACAAUGAAAGCAAGCAGGAAGCUUCAUAUAUCGGAAUAACCAGUUCUGGUGUUGUUUGGGAAAUGAAACCACAGCAGAAAUGGAAGCCUUUUAGUCAGAAGCAGAUACUCCUCCUGGAGCAUUCCUACCAGAAGCACCAGCGCUCCUGUGACCGCGGCUGGGUGAAGCUAGAGAAUAAUUUUGAGGUCAAUUUUGAUAAAGUUCCCAUGGAAAUGCGUGUGAAGAAUCAUUCUUAUUACCCGUUGUCUGUGUCUUCCUGCUCUACUGCAUUAAUGUUGCUAUUGGAUAAAGUGGAAGCCAAUGGGAAGUUGCAUUUGAGUCUGUCUUUGAGUUCUGGAGGUGAAGAAUCAGACAAACAGGAAAUGAUUGCGAUUCAUUCUGUCAACCUGCUUCUGAAAAGCAUAGGUGCCACUCUGACUGAUGUGGAUGACCUUAUUUUCAAACUUGCUUAUUUUGAAAUACAAUACCAGUUUUACAAGAGAGAUCAACUCGUGUGGAGUGUUGUUAGGCAUUACAGUGAACAGUUCUUAAAACAGAUGUAUGUCCUUGUGUUGGGCUUAGAUGUGCUUGGAAACCCAUUUGGAUUAAUUAGAGGUCUGUCUGAAGGAGUUGAAGCUUUCUUCUACGAACCCUUCCAGGGUGCUGUCCAAGGUCCUGAAGAGUUUGCUGAAGGAUUAGUGAUUGGAAUGAGAAGUCUCUUUGGGCACACAGUAGGUGGUGCAGCCGGAGUUGUGUCUCGAAUCACUGGUUCCGUUGGGAAAGGUUUGGCAGCAAUUACAAUGGACAAGGAGUAUCAGCAAAGAAGACGAGAAGAGAUGGGCCGACAGCCUAAAGAUUUUGGAGAUAGUCCGGCCAGAGGAGGAAAGGGCUUCCUGCGGGGAGUUUUUGGUGGAGUGACGGGAAUAAUAACAAAGCCUGUAGAAGGUGCCAAAAAGGAGGGAGCUGCUGGAUUCUUUAAAGGAAUUGGAAAAGGGCUCGUGGGUGCUGUGGCUCGUCCGACAGGCGGGAUUGUCGACAUGGCCAGCAGCGCCUUCCAGGGCAUUCAGAGGGCAGCGGAGUCAGCUGAGGAAGUGUCGAGCCUGCGCCCCCCUCGCCGUAUCCAGGAGGAUGGCAUCAUUCGUCCCUACAACAGGCAGGAGUCAGAGGGCCAUGACUUGUUCGAGCAAGAACUGGAAAUACAAGAGUAAAUGUUUCCCAUUCUACUACUUGAUUUCAUCCUUAAUCAGAACAAGCUGUGGUACUGACUGGGUGUGAGUCAGACUGAGAGCCACCUCUAGUGAGAUUGGCUUUAUAACUCUCCUCUCCAUUUGGGCUUUUGACCGUAGCAUUUGAUAACAAACAAAAGUGAUAGUGUAUCUGGUAAAACAGUGCUGGUAAGCGCUCAGUGUAAAAGAUGAGAGGUUGUGGGAAACAGCUGCUUCCAGUUUAGUAGGUGAAAGACAGUCCAAAACCAGAUGAUUCUGGUUCAUUUUGAAAAUUUUAUCUUACAGUGUUUAUGUGCAUGUAGGUAAAAUUGAAAAGAAAGGAGUAGUUUUUAUAUUCAGCCUAUUGGAUGUAUUCUUUUUUUGUUUUUAUUUUAAAGAGGGUAAAACCAAACAUAACAAAACAGAACAAAGCAGAUCAGAAGAAAACAAUGUAAGAGACACAGAUUCGGAUGUAUUCUUAUGUUUGCAAGUCAUGAUGGUGGAAUAUUAUUUCCCAAAUUACUAAAUAGACUUUUGGUUCCCCAAUUACUAAAUUUACUCAAGUCAAAGGACGAUGAAUUAGGGCAUUUGUAAAAGUCAGUUGCUCUGAGUCUGUCUUUAGACUCUAAGUGAGAGUUGUCAUAUGAAGUUUGAGACUCUGUUUCCCUUUCCUCUUUUUUUCCCUUUUUAAUCUCAUGUUAUAUACAUGCUCAGUCUUGCAUUUAUGCUUUUCAGAGAUCCAGUCUCCUUGUUGGUUAUAUGUGCUUUGUAAUUUUUAGGUUUAAUUAGUGCAAACAGAAAGAGAAGUUAUGUGUAAUUUUUUAAAAUAAAUGAUUGAAAUGUUUAAUUGGCUUUAGCAGCAUCUUAUCUCACAGCUUUAUGCUGUGCCCAAAAUUGAAACUAAAGUAAAAUUUAGAUUUCUAAUGUGUUGCUUAUUUGAGCACAGUGAAACUAUGAACAUACAACAACUGUUCAAUUAUCAAGAUAAAACUACAGUUAUCAAGAUAAUUACUCUUUUGAUUCACAUUUAAAAGAAGCACUUUGCUGGAAACAACUGGCAUCUGAAGAGGAACCAGUGCAGGAGUAGCAGGACUGCUGCUCUUGGGCUGGAGGAGGUAGCCUGCAGGUGGAGCACUUGCCUAGCGCCUGCCAGGCCCUGGGCAGCCCCCAGCAUACCCUCCGCUGCCCUGGCACACACAAUUUCUGUCCCUUAUGGGACCAGGUAUAACAAAACAUACAAAUACUAAAAGUAGUAUUUUCUUGGCUGUGUCAGUUUUAAUGAAAAUUAAAUUUUGGGAACUUUCAUACUUCAAGAUAUUUUUCUUGUUUACUUGUUUAAUUUUUUUAAAGCUCCUUAGGUUAUUAACCUUUUACUUGUGAUUUUUUUUGAACAAAUGUAUGUUAAUAAGCAUAAAACCUCAAGAAACUUUAUUAGUUUAUUUAGAGGUCAUCUUCUUGUCUGAUUUAUUAAUUCUUUAUCAGGCAAUCCUUUAGACUGUAAUUAUUAUUAUGGUUACUAGAAGGUAUAGAAUGUAUAUUACUGAGAGGACUUAGUAUUUUUUCCCAAGGGUGGUAAGCACAAAUACUGAGAAAUUUAAACUGUUUCACCCUUUACCUAUCUUACUGUGCUUAGAUAUUUGAGUAAGAAAUAUUUAUUGAUUAUUUAAACAGUUUCGGAUAUUUUUAAAAUCAACAUGGCCUUAAAGGACCACAUAUAGCAAAAGGUAAAUAGCAAAGAGUACUAGCAUAUAAAAAUGAUACCAUUUCAUCUCUUACAAUAAUUUAUUAGGUCUUUUGAUCCCCAUUUAAUAGUCAGCUCUAAGAAUUUCAUAUACCAGGUUUUCAUUAUGUUCUUCUUCUCUAUUCUUCUAGGAUAAUUACUGUUUACUGCAUAUGUGUGUGUGUAUAUAUAUAUGUAUGUAUGUGUGUAUAAUAUGUGUGUGUGUGUGUGUGUGUGUGUGUGUAGUCAGUUUUACAUUUAAUAUUAAUUUUGGCCCAGAUUAUAUAAGAUUUAAAAUGAGGUCCCUUACCUUUCCUUUUUAAUUAUAUUUUCCAUGUUCUUAGAAAUGCUUCAUUAGCAUUUUAAAUUCUUGCAUUAGCAUCUGUUUAGGUAACCUUACAUCAUGUAUUUUAUUUUUAAUUCAUGGUAUUAAAGUUUGUCUAUUAUUUUACAACAGUAAUAAUGCUAUGAUAGACAUCAGCAUAUAUUUUGUUUAUUCAUAUCUUGUGCUGUUUGCUUAGAGUUAACUAAAAAAUGAAGCACCAGGUAAAAGGCUUUCGUAUCCUGUUACUAACUCCACAUUGCAUCCUGAGAAAGGAGAGAGGCGAUGUUAUCAGCGGUGAUCUCCUGCUUCCAUCAGUAAUUAUCUUCCUCUGAAUCUCAGAGCCUAGAGAAUUUUUAGUAGUACCUAGAAGGUCUGCCACAGUGUGUUCCGGUGAUAUCACACGUUAGAGGCUUUCAAGGUUGAAGUGCAAUAAUCUGACAACUAAUGAGAUGUAUACGAGAUAAAGAGUAGAUACUAUGUCUUGUACUUGCAUCUCUAAGCUAAUUUCAUUUUAGCAUUUAAAUUUCAAGGUGAAAAUAAAUUCCCAUAAUUGUUAAUUCUUUUCCCAUGUUCUCUUUGAAGAAAUUGAGGCCUAAUUGACAAAAGUAUUUAGCUAACUCAGAGGUGAGCUGUGAAACAGGUGAGCCUGGCUCUGAAAGCUGCACUCCUCCCUUCCCGAAGUUCAUUGCAAGGCUGAGGCCUCAGGCUUGGAGAUUUCUCCAUUUUGUCUGUGGGCUUGGUAAUUAUCAAGGGACACUUGGGGACCAACAUCUUUUAAUAACGUGUACUCAAGCAUUAAAACAAUAUCUACAACUGUGCUUUCUCUGCUUGCGAUUAUAUUGAUUAUAUUUUCCUGUAAUAAUAUUGAUAUUGUAUUCUUUGUUAUAAAAUAUUAUGGUCUUAUUCAGAAUGUUCACAUUCUGUAUUUUUAAAUAUAUUAUCCUCUGGUCUUUAUGUAUUAUAGAUAAUGCCAUUAAUAAUAUUUUCCUGCUAUUAAUUAUAAGAAAUUUGUUGUUUUUUAAUGUGUGUUGACUAAUUCAAAUCAAUACUUUUAAGAUAGUUUAAAAGAAAAAUAAAUCUUUUAAAGUGCUGUAAUUUAUAUUUGAAUUAUUUUAUGCUUGGUAUUUCUCUGUAGAAAUAAAUCUUAGCAACUAUUUUGAGAUCUUAGAACAUCUUCAUUUUCAUAUUAUCAUUGUAAUUUUUAUUAGAAAUAUAAUUUUAUAUACAAAUAUA